AUAACUUGCCGUGCUGUACAAUUUGGUGCUCCAGUUUAGCGAUCGAUUAAUCCGGAAAAAUGCCUACCGUCGGCGUGAAACGUGACCUACUGUUCAAGGCGCUCGGCCAAACGUACACUGAUGAUGAGUUUCAAAAACUGUGCUUCGAGUUUGGCCUGGAGCUGGACGAGAUCACGACCGAAAAACAGAUGAUUACCAAGGAGCAGGGUGAAGUAGAGGCGGCAAAGGAUGCAUCAGAAGAGAUCAUCUAUCGCAUCGACAUUCCGGCCAACCGGUACGAUCUGCUCUGUCUGGAAGGGUUGGUAAUGGGGCUGCAGGUGUUCCGGGGCAAGCUCAACUUCCCCCGUUUCAGCAAGGUUGGCCCGGUCGGCAAAGGUGCAACGGUUCAGAAAAUGGUCGUUACCAAAGCUACCGCCCAGAUCCGUCCGUUUGCAGUAGCGGCCGUUUUGCGUGAUAUAACCUUCACGAAAGAUUCGUACGACAGUUUCAUUGAUCUGCAGGAUAAACUGCAUCAAAACAUAUGCCGCAAGCGUGCGCUGGUAGCGAUCGGCACGCACGAUCUCGACACACUGAAGGGACCGUUCACAUACGACGCUAAACCACCGAAGGACAUAAGCUUUGUACCGCUGAACCAGGACAAGGCAAUGAAUGGCGAAGAGUUGAUGGAGUUCUACUCAACGCACGCCCAACUAAAGGCGUACCUGCCCAUCAUCCGCGACUCACCGGUGUAUCCGGUGAUUUACGAUGCGAACGGUGUAGUACUAUCGCUGCCACCGAUCAUUAACGGUGACCACUCGAAGAUAACGCUGAAAACGCGCAACGUAUUCAUCGAGUGUACGGCAACGGAUCUGACCAAGGCGCGCAUCGUACUCGAUACGCUCGUGUGCAUGUUUUCGACCCACUGCGCGAAACAGUUCACCGUCGAGUACUGUGACGUCGUGUCGGCUGCCGGUGAAACGACACCGUAUCCGGAUCUCGCCUUUCGAAAGGAAACAAUUUCGGUAGCGAAAACCAACGCGUAUAUCGGUCUGAACGAAUCGGCCGAGCAGAUGACCAACCUGCUGAACCGGUUGCUUCCUACAAGACAAAUCGAUGCGGAUACGCUGGAGGUAGAAAUACCUCCCACCCGGCACGAUAUGUUACACGCCUGUGACAUCUACGAGGAUGUGGCCAUCGCGUACGGGUACAACCGUAUCCCGAAAACACUCCCAGCGAAGAUGCACAUUGCGAAGCAGUACCCGUUGAACAAGCUGACCGAGCAGCUACGGGAACAGAUCGCUCAGGCCGGCUUUACGGAAGGAUUAACGUUCACGUUGUGUUCGCGUGAUGAUAUUGCGAGCAAAAUGAAUGCCAGCAUCGAUCGUAUUCCGGCCGUGCACAUUGCCAACCCAAAAACGCUCGAGUUUCAAGUAGUCCGGACGACACUCAUACCGGGUCUGCUGAAAACAUUAGCAGCGAACAGGAAGAUGCCACUGCCGCUGAAACUGUUCGAGGUAUCGGAUGUGGUGCUGGCGGACAGUAAAUCGGAGGUUGGUGCGAAGAACGAGCGACGGGUGUGUGCGGUAAACUGUAACAAGACGGCCGGGUUUGAGGUAGUGCACGGGCUUUUGGAUCGGGUGAUGCAACUGCUCGAGGUACCGUGGGAUAAGGCGGCCGGGUACUAUCUGCAGGCGUGCGAUGAUCCGGCCUACUUCCCGGGUCGUUGUGCAGCGGUACUUUACAAGGGCUCGGAGAUUGGCCGUAUUGGGGUGCUGCAUCCGACUGUACUACAUGCGUUCGAGCUGACGACGCCUUGUUCGGUGGUUGAGUUCAAUAUGGAAUAUUUUGUCUAG